AAACUCAUUACAAUCACCAAGCAACGAAAAAACCCAAAACAGAGACCGUUGGAUCUAAAUCUCUCACUUUCUUCUUCUUCUUCUCUGUAUCAUCUCUCUCGAAGAAGAAAUGUACGGCAAAACAAUAUGUACAAUCGUCUUCUUCAUCUUCCUCGUUGCUUCAUUCUCAAUCUACAUGGGAACCGUCGAUCCAAGACCUUACUUCUACCUCCUCCAAUCCCAACCCAAUGGAGCUUCUUCUCCUUGUAGCUCCUCUGGAAAACCUCUCCGUGUCUUCAUGUACGAUCUCCCACGAAAGUUUAAUAUCGCGAUGAUGGAUCCUCAUAGCUCAGAUGUUGAGCCUAUCACAGGGAAGAAUUUACCUUCUUGGCCUCAGACUUCUGGGAUUAAAAGACAACAUAGCGUUGAGUAUUGGCUUAUGGCUUCUCUUCUUAACGGUGGUGAGGAUGAGAAUGAAGCAAUUAGGGUUUUUGAUCCGGAUUUGGCGGAUGUGUUUUAUGUUCCUUUUUUCUCUUCGUUGAGUUUUAAUACUCAUGGGAAGAACAUGACUGAUCCAGAUACUGAAUUUGAUCGGCUAUUACAGGUUGAGUUAAUGGAGUUUCUUGAGAAUUCGAAGUAUUGGAAUCGUUCAGGAGGUAAAGAUCAUGUGAUUCCGAUGACACAUCCUAAUGCUUUCAGAUUUCUAAGGCAACAAGUGAAUGCGUCGAUUCUCAUUGUUGUGGAUUUUGGGCGUUAUUCUAAAGACAUGGCACGUUUAAGUAAAGACGUAGUUUCUCCUUAUGUACAUGUUGUUGAGUCUUUGAAUGAGGAGGGCGAUGAUGGUAUGGGAGAUCCUUUUGAGGCUCGUACAACGCUUCUUUACUUUCGUGGGAAUACAGUUAGGAAAGAUGAAGGUAAAAUUCGUCUGAGGUUGGAGAAGUUAUUAGCUGGUAACUCUGAUGUUCACUUUGAGAAAAGUGUAGCUACUACACAAAACAUCAAAGUGGUAAGCUACUAUUACUUUUAUAUUUCAGGGUUCAGAAGUCUUAGAGAGAGUCCAUGUAGUUGAAAUCUUAGGAAAAUGUGGUAACCAUUCUCAGUCCAAGGUUCAGAACUCAGAAAUCUUAACUUUUUAGAAAGACCAAUGUGAUAGGGUUUCAUCUAGCAUGAGUAUAUAGCUAGGAUAGUGCUUCAAGUGUUUAGGCGUUUGAGUCUUUUGGGGACCUAUUAGGCUCUUUAACAAACUAAGGUUUCUAUCUUUGGUUUAUUGUAUCAGCUAGUUCGUGCUCUUCAUUUUGUAGUCUGAUUUAGAGCAGAAUAGAGGAAGAUAUCUAAUGUUAACCUAUCAGAAUGAUAGUAAUUGUUCUACUUGUGUUUUGUUUUGUUACCAGUCUACGGAAGGGAUGAGAUCUUCUAAGUUUUGUCUGCAUCCAGCUGGAGACACUCCAUCUUCAUGCCGGUUAUUUGAUGCCAUUGUCAGUCACUGCAUUCCGGUCAUCAUAAGCGACAAAAUCGAGCUGCCCUUUGAAGAUGAAAUAGACUACUCGGAAUUCUCACUGUUUUUCUCAAUAAAAGAGUCGCUUGAACCGGGCUACAUCCUCAACAACCUCCGCCAAUUUCCCAAGGAGAAAUGGCUGGAAAUGUGGAAACGACUGAAGAACGUAUCUCAUCACUUUGAGUUCCAGUACCCGCCAAAGAGAGAAGAUGCAGUAAACAUGUUGUGGAGACAAGUGAAACACAAGAUCCCUUAUGUCAAGCUCGCUGUACAUAGAAACCGGAGGUUGAAAGUCCCUGAUUGGUGGCUUUGAAGAAUGGCAACAAAAAAUUCUCAAGGUUGAAGUCUUUUCUCAUUCUUCUUCCCUCCAAUACUGUACAUUAGUUGAUUCUUUUGUUACAUUUGCGUUUCACGAUCCAUUUAUAGGCAUAUAUACUCUUAAACAUCAUUUUUUUAAUAACCAGAGGUAGUCACAUAAAUUUGUAUUCCAUCUAAAGUUUCGGUUUAUCUGUUUUUACUUCUCUUUAAGGAUAACUGAUUCAGGUACUCCUAUAGUUCCUAUUGUUGUAAACUUGUAAUGGAAACAAGAGGAUCAAGCUGCUCCUAUAUCUUCUUGUGCUCCAGCUUCCGUUUUGUAAUGGAAUUUUGUUAUAUUAAAAUGUCAGAUUCUUGAUGGUAGGAGUAUGCUAAGAAAUAAGAGACUCCAUUGGGUUAUCUUGGUCCCCU